AUGGCGGAUCACUCUUGUGUCAAGUCCACCGCCAUGAUUUCUCCAGAUGAAGCUCUAAAAAUUGUGCUGGAAGUCGCUCAACGCCUCCCCCCCAUUUCCGUCUCUCUUCACUGUGCUCUUGGGAAGGUCUUGGCUCGAGACAUUCGCGCUUCUGACCCUUUGCCCCCUUAUCCAGCCUCCAUUAAGGAUGGUUAUGCAGUGGUUGCUUCAGAUGGACCCGGGGAGUAUCCAGUGAUUACAGAAUCUAGAGCUGGGAAUGAUGGAGUUGGCGUGGUAGUUACUCCAGGAACCGUUGCCUACAUAACCACUGGAGGACCAAUACCUGAUGGUGCUGAUGCGGUAGUUCAAGUUGAGGACACUGAAAAAAUUGAAUCCAAGCGUGUUAAAAUAAAAGUGAAAGCCAGGAAGGGUGCUGAUAUCCGCCCAGUGGGAUGCGAUAUCGAGAAGGAUGCUCUUGUAUUAAAAGCUGGCGAUAAAAUAGGUGCUUCAGAAAUUGGCCUGCUUGCUACUGUGGGUGUUAUGACAGUGAAGGUAUAUCCUACUCCAGUAGUUGCUGUUCUUUCUACAGGGGAUGAACUUGUAGAGCCACAGACUGAACGUCUGGGUCGUGGGCAGAUUAGGGAUUCAAACCGUGCUAUGUUACUUGCUGCUGCUGUUCAACACCAAUGCAAAGUUAUCGACUUUGGUAUUGCUAGAGAUGAUGAAAGCGAGCUUGAGAAAGUCUUGGAAAAUGUCUUUUCUGCUGGAGUCAACAUCCUUCUAACUUCUGGUGGUGUUUCAAUGGGAGAUAGGGAUUAUGUCAAGCCAUUACUUGCUAAGAAAGGGGUUGUAUAUUUUAAUGCGGUCUUCAUGAGGCCGGGGAAACCUGUGACUUUUGCAGAUAUCAAACCAGAUACCGCAGAAAAGAAGGAAUUGAAUCAGAUCCUUGCAUUUGGGUUACCUGGAAAUCCUGUGAGCUCUUUAGUUUGUUUCCAACUAUUUGUAGUCCCUGCCAUCCGCCAACUUGGUGGAUGGGAAAACCCUCAUCUUCUUAGAGUGCAAGUACGUCUUCCAGAGCCAAUAAAGUCAGAUCCUAUUCGACCACUUUUUCAUUGCGCAAUUGUCAAGUGGAAAGAUAAUGAUGGGUCAGGAACUCCUGGUUUCUCUGCGGAAAGUACUGGUCAACAGGUGAGCAGCAGACUUUUGAAUUUGAAAUCUGCCAAUGCUUUGUUGGAAUUGCCACCAACAGGAAAUUCCAUACCUGCUGGAACUUCUGUAUCGGCUAUUGUUAUUUCCGAUAUAAGCAAUAUUGCUGGCUGUGCCAACUCCUUUUCAUCUAAUUCAGUAGUCUCUCUGAAAAGUAAUAUAUCCAAAGAAAUUAGCACCAGUCAGGUUCAAGAUAGUGGGUCUAAAGUAGCUAUUCUUACUGUGAGCGAUACUGUUGCAUCUGGGGCUGGUCCUGAUCGAAGUGGACCAAGGGCUGUUUCUAUUGUCCAAGCCUCAUCAGAAAAAUUAGGAGGGGUCAGUAUUGUUGCAACAGCCGUUGUCUCAGACGAUGUCAGUAAAAUUCAGGAUGUUCUUGUGAAAUGGUGUGACAUUGACAAAGUCGAUCUUAUUCUCACACUUGGUGGAACUGGAUUUUCCCCAAGAGAUGUGACGCCUGAAGCAACCAAACCAUUAUUGCAUAAGGAGACCCCUGGUCUACUAUAUGUUAUGAUGCAAGAGAGCCUUAAGGUAACGCCAUUUGCUGUGCUUUCACGUUCUGCAGCUGGGAUUAGAGGAUCAACCCUGAUUAUCAACAUGCCCGGAAAUCCUAAUGCUGCAGCGGAGUGCAUGGACGCCUUAUUGCCGAGCCUUAAACAUGCAUUGAAGCAAAUGAAAGGAGACAAGAGAGAAAAACAUCCUCGUCAUGUUCCUCAUGCUGAAGCAACACCAAUAAAUAUUUGGGAGCAGAGUUAUAAGCUGGCUUCUGAAGGUGUAAGUGAAACUGGGUGCUCUUGUUCUCAUUAAAUAAAAUACAACGUUCUGCAAUAAUAAUCACUGAAACUUGCAACUUUUUGUCCAAUAAUCUAUCAUUUCUUUUCAACUUUUCAAUAUGAACAUGAUCCUUUCGAAUGUUUUAUAGAGUCAUCUCAGCCUUCUGAUGUUUGGAUGCUUAGGAGAGCCUUCUGUUUCAGCUAAUGUAUGUAACCUAUGUUGCUGAGUAUACAGUCUAUAAACAGACAAGGCCAUGUCUAUAAUCUGAUGAUGUACGUUAAAUUA